AUGGUGGUGACACCUUCGGCACGUGAAGAAAACGUGUACAUGGCAAAACUGGCGGAGCAAGCCGAACGCUACGAGGAAAUGGUGGAAUUCAUGGAAAAAGUGUCGGGCUCACUGUCCAUUUCCGAAGAACUCACGGUAGAGGAACGGAAUCUCCUCUCGGUGGCCUACAAGAACGUAAUCGGUGCUCGACGAGCCAGCUGGCGCAUAAUAUCGUCGAUCGAGCAGAAGGAGGAGUCUCGCGGAAACGAAGACCACGUGAACGUGAUCAGAGAAUACAGAUCUAAAAUCGAAUCGGAGCUCUCAUCGAUCUGCGAUGGGAUUCUAAAGUUGCUUGAGUCGAGGCUGAUUACUUCGGCUUCGCCUGGGGAUUCCAAGGUGUUUUAUCUGAAGAUGAAGGGGGAUUAUCAUAGGUAUUUGGCGGAGUUUAAGGCUGGUGCUGAGAGGAAAGAGGCUGCGGAGAGUACUCUCACUGCCUACAAAACUGCUCAGGGUCAGGGCUUAUGUUUGGAUUUCCUGUGUACUAUACGAAUGUUUUUGUUCUGCGCUGUGUCUGCAUCUGUUUAA